UGCUAAAUGUGGAAGCAUAGCUCACGCCCUCAGGAUAUUCGAGCAUGUAGUCGACAAGGAUGUAGUUGUUUGGAGUACCAUUAUAAAGGGUUACGGAUUGCACGGCUGUGGGCAUGUAGCUAUCAGGUUCUUCAAUGAGAUGAAGCAUUCCGGAGUGAAGCCAAAUGAUGUUACAUUUAUAGGAUUGCUAUCGGCUUGCAAUCAUGCUGGGCUUGUGGAGGAGGGUUGGGGUUAUUUCCACUCCAUGAGAAGCCAUGGGAUUGAACCUCGACAUCAACAUUAUGCGUGUGUUGUCGAUCUCAUUUCUCGUGCUGGGAAGCUCGAGCAAGCAUUUGAAUUCAUCAAGGGAAUGCCGAUGGAACCCGAACUGACGGUGUGGGGUGCAUUGUUGAAUGCAUGUAAGAUCCACGGGAAUGUGAGGUUGGGGGAGUAUGCAGCCAAACAUGUUUUUGCUCUAGAGCCUCUCAAUGCUGGGCACUAUGUGAAGCUCUCCAACAUCUAUGCCUCUGCGGGCAUGUGGAGCGAUGUUGCCAAGGUCCGGGUGCUGAUGAAACAGAGGGGUGUGGUUAAGGCGAUUGGGUGCAGCACCAUUGAUCUAAAAGGCAAGCUCCAUUCGUUCCGUGCUGGGGACAGGUCUCACCCGAGAAUGAAUGAUAUACUUGCGAUGCUCGGUGAAAUGGAGAGGAAGUUGAAGGAGUCUGGAUUUGUUCCUCACUUGACUUCUGACUUGCAUGACUUGAACAUGGAAGAGAAGGAAGUUUCUUUGUACCAUCACAGCGAGAUGAUUGCGAUCGCAUUUGGUCUCAUAACAACCGAUCCUGGAUCAACGAUCAUGAUCAUGAAGAACCUUCGCUCUUGCAUGAAUUGUCAUUCUGCUACGAAGCUCAUAUCUAAACUGACAGCGAGAGAGAUAGUUGUUAGGGAUAUCAACAGGUUUCAUCAUUUCAAGAAUGGCCUUUGUUCUUGCAGGGACUACUGGUGAAGCCUGAAACAAUGACAAUGAAGAACUCAUUCAAACUGUUAAGCAAAUAGCUGCAGCAGCGGACUCUGCCCAGGAUUCAAACAAUUCAAAACUAAAUUUUUUCUCGAAGGAUAAGUGCUUCUCUCUAAUGAUCUGAGUGCAAAUUUCAAUCCAAGAUAUAACAAGUGUGCUGAUUGCCCUGGCUUUACUUUCUCCAUCUCCGAUCCCCAUUUUCCGUCGCUCUCCGACUGAUCGGCAUCUUUUUCCCCGCCUUCAUCUCCGUCGGCGGCGAUGUUGAGCUCCAAGGCUCGAUCUAGCAUACCUGAUGCCUUAAAUGGCAAGCCUCCAUCAUCGACGACCACCAGGGUUGGCAAGGUAGCUGGAAAUGGAUCGACCACCAAGUCCGACUCCACAUCGCCUUCUUCUGUGGCAAAGCUAUCUUCUCCUCUUCCAAAGUCACAUACUUUUGACCGAUUUUCUACUUCACCAAAGCUUCACGCUUUGCUUGAGCGAUCAUCAAAGGCAGUUGACUCAAAAACGACAAUCAAGAGCAGCAUGUCUUCUCAUUCUUCUCCUGCAGUGAAGCCUCGCCCUUCAGUUGACAGAUCGCCAAUUUCUGUCGAUUCCAAACCAACAAUUAAGACCACUUUCUCUCUUGAUAAGCCACAGCGAUCAUCAUCGAGAGGCACUGAGCUGCAGGCAAAGUUGGAUGCUCUUGAGGAAGAAUUGCUGAAAGCAAAGAAGGAGCUGUCUCAUGCUGAGCAAGAGAAGAUCCGCAUCACUGGGGACUUGCUUGAAGCUACGAGAUUGGCUAGUAAGGCCAAUGAGAAACUCCAAGAGGCAAUUAUUUCUAAGGAUAGUGCUGAGAAGAGCUUGGAGAUUCAGAAAUUCCGCACCGAUGAGUUGGAGCAAAUGAGCAUUGAAGCUGCACAAAAAAUGGAGGCAGCGCAUCAGGAAGAACUUGCAAGUAUCCAAGAUCAACGUGCUAUGGAUAUUUCAGCACUGCUGUCUAUGACCAAUGAACUGCAGAAAGUGAAGCUUGAUUUAGCUAAUGUUACAGACGAAAAAGAUGCCGCCCUGCGUGAAGCUGAUGGUGCAAAUAAGACUGCUAGAUCGAACUCGGAGAAGGUCAAGACCUUGUCAAAAGAAAUGAGCCGCUUAAAAUCCUUGCUUGACUCCAAGCUGGAUAAUAUGAAUAAAGAAGCAGGAGAGCGUAUUAAGAAGUUGAAUGCUGAUACCAAUGCUUUGCAAGUUGAGCUUGAAAGAGCUAAGACAGCUGAAGAGAAGUUACCUGAGAUGGAAGCACUAGUUGGACAGCUCCGAAUGGAGAUAACUGAUGCAAAGAAAGCUACAGCAGAUGCAUCCAAGGAAGUUGGAGAACUGAAAGAGGCAGUGACUUUGUUGGAAACUAAGUUGAAGGAAGCUGAUCAAUCUAAGAAAUCUGCAACUGAAUCUCUUGAGACUGCAAGAGAAAAGAUUCAAGAAUGCACCACUUUAUUGCAAGAUGCUGAAACUGAGAUUGCUGAUCUCAAAAGGAAAGUCAAACACAUGGAGAUUGAAGUGGCCAAUUGCAAAAUUGGACUCAAGGAUUCAGAGAGAAAGCUUUAUUUGUCAGAAGAAGAGGUAAUGAGCCUGAGUGAGACGGUUACAGUGCUAAAAGAUGAGGUUAAGAAACUGGAGGAGGAGAAAUUGCAGGCGCUCGACAAGGACAAGGCUGCUGCUUUUGGCAUUGAGAAACUGUUGAAGGAGAAGGACAAACUCAAUGAUGAACUUAAGACCAGUAAAGAUGAAGUGGAAACUCUUAAAAAGGCAAUGGAAGAUCUAGUUUCAGCAUUGCAUGACAAGUCUAGUGAAGCCAGAGAAAAUCAAGAAAGGCUUCUAGCAGUGCAAACUGAUAUGGAUGAUUCUCGGGUGCAGAUAGAGCAAUUGAAUUCAGCUUUCAAGAACACUGAAGAGAGAUACGAGGUCAUGCUCGAUGAAGCAAGAUACGAGAUAGUUUGCCUCAAGAAAAAUAUAGAGAAAUUUGAAACUGGAAUGGAUAAUUAUAAUGCUGAAUUGGGUGCAAAGGAGCUAAAAUUUAUCAAUGACAUCAAAAAGUUCGAAAAUGAAGUUGCUUCCCUCAAGAUUGAAAUGGAAAAGGUUCUCACUUCACUCAAUGCAGCAGAGAGAGAAGCACAAGCUGCAAAGGCAGAUGGAGCCGAGAUGACAAGCAAGUUGAAACAAGCUGAAUCUGCAGCUGCUGCUGCAUAUCAAGCAACAGAAGAUGCAAAGACGGAGACUUUGGGAUUGAAGGAAAGGCUGUUGGACAAGGAGAAUGAGUUACAGAGCAUCGCUCAAGAAAAUGCCGAUCUUCAGAUCAAGGAAACUGCUGCCCUGCAGAAAAUCAAAGAGCUUUCUUUGUUGCUCGAGGAAACCAUGGCCAAGAAAACUGAUGUGAAGAUUGAGCUACUGGAGAAUGAAAAUGAGCAUGAUACGUUACCAAUCAUCAUUUCUCAGGAUGGACCAAAAAUGAAUGAGGAGAAUGAUAAAGGAAACUACAACGACGAUGAGGAAGAUCACACAGAUGCCAUGCCCAAGGACUUCAAAUCAGAAAAGGAUCAUGAGACAGAAACUGACGACGACGAUGAUGAAUCAAGGAUUCAUAACUAUUAUGGUAGCCUUGAACAGACAAAUAGUAUGGCAGAAAGCAUUGGCCCAGGGAUUCACUCAUUCUCCAACAUCCAGCAGCAUCCCAAGAAAAAGAAUGGAAUGCUACAUAAGUUUGGGCAUCUGCUGAAGAGAGGAAGCCAGAAAGACAAAAGCCAUAAAUAGUACGCAUAUCUCAUUCAAUCAAAUACUCUACCUCUCAUGCUUUCAGGUUUAAGGAUGGAUUGGGUUUUCUGGUGCUUGCAUUGAGUUACUUAAGUGCUUGUCUGAAAGCCUGUUACAAUCAAAAAAGAAAAGAAAAAAUUAAGUUCAGAAAGAGAGAACAUCGCUACUCUGCUUCCAUAACAUAUGCAAUGAAUGGAAUGUAAUAAGUGUUUGUUGUAUGAACAGUAGUGUUUUAUUUAUAUAUUACAGUCUGAAGUUAUUCGUUUCCACA